AUGUCGGCCUCAAGGCGAAGGCCCACUCAGGCAAAGAAGCCUCCUCCCGUCGUGGAGGAGGAGGAGGACGAGGUAGCAGCGGUCGAACAACCACCACCGCCAGCAACCCCAGUCCAAGCGGCUGCGGAGAUUGUUGAAGAUGCGGACGCAAACACCUUCAAAAUUUUGGUCGCUACCGACAACCAUAUUGGCUACCUCGAGAAGGACCCGAUAAGAGGAAAUGACUCUUUUGAGACGUUCGAGGAAAUUCUUAAGUUGGCUCAAGAACAAGCAGUGGACUUCAUUCUUCUAGGAGGAGACCUCUUCCACGACAAUAAACCGUCCCGAAAGUGUAUGCACAAAACGAUGACGUUACUGAGAAAGUACUGUAUGGGGGAUCGUCCAUGUCCCGUUGAAUUCCUGAGUGAUUCGAAAGAGAACUUUUCCAACGGUUUUGGGACUGUAAACUAUGAGGAUCCAAAUUACAAUGUCGGAAUGCCGAUCUUCUCGAUACAUGGGAACCAUGACGAUCCAUCAGGGGACGGAAGUCUAUGUGCUCUAGACCUCCUUAGCGCCGCAGGAUUGGUCAACUAUUUUGGAAAGCAGGUGGAGGUGGACGACAUCACCAUCAAACCCAUCUUACUCCGGAAGGGCGAAAGCAAAUUGGCGCUGUACGGUCUUGGCAACGUCCGGGACGAGCGGCUGAACAGGACAUUUCAGAAGAAGAAAGUGAAGAUGUUUCGGCCGAGUGAGGGCACUGAGGACUGGUUCAACAUGCUGGUCAUACAUCAGAACAGAGUUGCCCACGGUCCCAACAACUACAUUCCGGAAAACUUUUUGGAUGACUUUCUGCAACUGAUCCUAUGGGGUCAUGAACACGAAUGCUUGGUCCACCCAGUACAGAACUCGGCCCAAGACUUCUACAUCACACAACCAGGAUCAUCUGUUGCUACAUCGCUCUGCGAAGGCGAAGCUGUCCCAAAACAUGUGGCUAUCCUGCGAAUCAGUGGCUCAGACUUCAACCUAGAGCCUGUGCGCUUGAGGACGGUGCGACCAUUCAUCAUGGACGACGUGGUGCUUCAAGACAUCGAGGACCUCAGGCCGAAGGAUGAGAAAAUGGUCAAUCAGUUCCUGCAAGAGCGGGUCGAACACAACAUCGACUCAGCACUACAAGAUUGGCUCGAGUUAAACCCGGAUGUGCCCGAGAAGGAUUGGCCAAAGCCAUUGGUUAGGCUGAAGGUUGAGUAUAGUGGAGGCUUCACAACGUUCAACCCCCAACGAUUCGGGCAACUGUACGUCAACCGCGUCGCCAAUCCGAAAGACAUCCUACAUUUUUACAGAAAGCGCGCGCAAACGGGAGGUGCAGGAAAGAAGAAAGAAGCAAUCAACAUGGACGCCUUCCUCCCCGAAAGGCUGGAGAACUUCAGGGUCGAAGAUCUGGUUGCGGAAUACCUCACAGCCCAAAAUCUGGAUAUCUUGCCGGAGAAUGAACUUGGGGAUGCGGUCCGAAUGUUUGUGGAGAAGGAUGAUAAGGAUGCUAUCAAAGACUUCGUGAGAGAGUCCCUAGUACGAACACAAACAUAUUUGAAAGGAACGUCCAACACCGAGGACGACGAUAAGAUCAAAGACGAGAUCGAGCGGGAGAAAAAGGCCCGCUUUGACCAAUUCGCCGCGGAAAGCGCGGAAAGAAGGAACAAACCCGAGAUGCUUUCGGCAACGCGUAGUGGAAGGCCCGCGGCCUCCCGGAGAAACGAUGAUGACGACAUGGACGUCGUGGAAGACAGCUUGGAGGAAGACGAGGUUCCAACCACCCGAAAACCUGCUGCGAAGAGGGGCGCAGCCACCAGAGGACGGGGAGGAAAGCGCGGAGCGUCAACCGCCGCUAAAGGGAAAGGGCGUGGGAAGGCCGCCACCGUGAUCGAAGACACCGACGACGACCCCAUCGUGGACGAAGAUCCCCUCCCAUCCUCCUCCAAACCCACAACCGCUAAACGCAAACUCCCCGGCUCCAUGGCAUCCACCAACACCGGCCGGGCCCCCAAACGCGCCGCCGUUGCCGCCCCCGCCGCCGCUUCCAGCAGCACCAGGACGAGACAGACGAGGUUGGCGUUUGGUGGGAGCCAGCAGCAACCUAUCGUGCUUGAUGGGGAUGAUGAUGAUUUGUAAGGCGGGUGUGCGACGGAGGAUAGGGGUUUUCUAGGGAUCUUUAUGUGAGAUGGUUUACUAAGGCUGUAGCUAGCGUAGCUUCCGUUUCGUAGCUUUCAUGUUCGGAACGCAUUUUACGCACGGCGUGGGUUGUUUAGGUCCCGAUUUAUACAGUAUAUUCCACGACGGCGAAUACAUAUGAUGAUUGCCAAGAACCACAGCAGAACAUUCAUAUUAGUUUAAGACAGC